GCCCGGCCCGGCCCCGAGUGCGGGGCCGCCAGAGUAAUGUCAUGCCCAGACCAGCAGGGGGCUCCAUGAGGAGUGUCGGAAGAUGCCCCGCGUCUCGGCGCCUUUGGUGCUGCUCCCGGCGUGGCUCGUGAUGGCCGCCUGCAGCCCGCACUCGCUGAGGAUCGCUGCCAUCCUGGACGACCCCAUGGAGUGCAGCCGAGGGGAGCGGCUGUCCAUCACGCUGGCCAAGAACCGCAUCAACCGCGCUCCCGAGAGGCUGGGCAAGGCCAAGGUCGAGGUGGACAUCUUCGAGCUCCUCCGAGACAGCGAGUACGAAACGGCGGAGACCAUGUGUCAGAUACUCCCCAAGGGGGUGGUCGCGGUCCUGGGGCCCUCUUCCAGCCCGGCCUCCAGCUCCAUCAUCAGCAACAUCUGCGGGGAGAAGGAGGUCCCUCAUUUCAGAGUGGCCCCCGAGGAGUUCAUCAAGUUCCAGUUCCAGAGGUUCACGACCCUGAACCUGCACCCCAGCAACACGGACAUCAGCGUGGCAGUGGCCGGCAUCCUCCGCUUCUUCAACUGCACCACCGCCUGCCUCAUCUGCGCCAAAGCAGAAUGCCUUUUGAACCUGGAGAAGCUGCUACGGCAGUUCCUCAUCUCCAAGGACACCCUCUCCGUGCGGAUGCUAGACGACAGCCGGGACCCCACCCCGCUACUCAAGGAGAUCCGGGAUGACAAGACGGCCACCAUCAUCAUCCACGCCAACGCCUCCAUGUCCCACACCAUCCUCCUGAAGGCCGCCGAGUUGGGCAUGGUGUCCGCCUAUUACACAUACAUCUUCACUAAUCUGGAGUUCUCGCUGCAGCGCAUGGACAGCCUCGUGGAUGACCGCGUCAACAUCCUGGGCUUCUCCAUCUUCAACCAGUCGCACGCCUUCUUCCAGGAGUUCGCCCAGAGCCUCAACCAGUCGUGGCAAGAGAACUGUGACCACGUGCCCUUCACCGGGCCUGCGCUCUCCUCCGCGCUGCUCUUUGACGCUGUCUACACCGUGGUGACCGCGGUACAGGAACUGAACCGCAGCCAGGAGAUUGGCGUGAAGCCGCUGUCGUGCGGCUCGGCGCAGAUCUGGCAGCACGGCACCAGCCUCAUGAACUACCUGCGCAUGGUAGAAUUGGAAGGUCUCACCGGACACAUCGAAUUCAACAGCAAAGGCCAGAGAUCCAACUACGCCCUGAAAAUCCUACAGUUCACCAGGAAUGGGUUCCGGCAGAUCGGCCAGUGGCACGUGGCAGACGGCCUCAGCAUGGACAGCCGCCUCUUCGCCUCCAACAUCUCCGCCAGCCUCUUCAACACCACCCUGAUCGUCACCACCAUCCUGGAGAACCCGUACUUGAUGCUGAAGGGGAACCACCAGGAGAUGGAGGGCAAUGACCGCUACGAGGGCUUCUGCGUGGACAUGCUGGAGGAGCUGGCCGAGAUCCUGCGCUUCAACUACCAGAUCCGCCUGGUGGGCGACGGCGUGUACGGCGUGCCCGAGGCCAACGGCUCCUGGACGGGCAUGGUGGGCGAGCUCAUCUCCAGGAAAGCAGACCUGGCUGUGGCGGGCCUCACCAUCACCGCUGAACGGGAGAAGGUGAUUGAUUUCUCGAAGCCAUUCAUGACUCUGGGAAUUAGCAUUCUUUACCGAGUUCAUAUGGGACGCAGGCCCGGCUACUUCUCCUUCCUGGACCCGUUCUCCCCGGGCGUCUGGCUCUUCAUGCUCCUCGCCUACCUGGCCGUCAGCUGCGUCCUCUUCCUGGUGGCUCGGCUGACGCCCUACGAGUGGUACAGCCCCCACCCGUGUGCCCAGGGCCGCUGCAACCUCCUGGUGAACCAGUACUCGCUCGGCAACAGCCUCUGGUUUCCCGUGGGGGGCUUCAUGCAGCAGGGCUCCACCAUCGCGCCCCGGGCCCUGUCCACCCGCUGCGUCAGUGGCGUCUGGUGGGCGUUCACGCUGAUCAUCAUCUCCUCCUACACGGCCAACCUGGCCGCCUUCCUGACCGUGCAGCGCAUGGAGGUGCCCAUCGAGUCCGUGGACGACCUGGCAGACCAGACGGCCAUCGAGUAUGGCACCAUUCACGGCGGCUCCAGCAUGACCUUCUUCCAAAAUUCCCGCUACCAGACCUAUCAGCGCAUGUGGAACUACAUGUACUCCAAGCAGCCGAGCGUGUUCGUGAAGAGCACGGAGGAGGGCAUCGCCCGGGUGCUGAACUCCAACUACGCCUUCCUGCUGGAGUCCACCAUGAACGAGUACUACCGGCAGCGCAACUGCAACCUCACUCAGAUUGGGGGCCUGCUGGACACCAAGGGCUAUGGGAUUGGCAUGCCAGUCGGCUCCGUCUUCAGGGACGAGUUCGACCUGGCCAUCCUCCAGCUGCAGGAGAACAACCGCCUGGAGAUCCUCAAGCGCAAGUGGUGGGAAGGGGGCAAGUGCCCCAAGGAGGAAGACCACAGGGCCAAAGGACUGGGAAUGGAGAAUAUUGGUGGAAUCUUCGUGGUUCUUAUUUGUGGCCUAAUCGUGGCCAUUCUUAUGGCGAUGCUGGAGUUCCUGUGGACUCUCCGACACUCAGAAGCCACAGAGGUGUCCGUGUGCCAAGAGAUGGUGACUGAGCUCCGCAGCAUCAUCCUGUGUCAGGACACUGCGCACCCGCGCCGCCGCCGCACCACCAGCGGCCCCCCGCCCCGGCCCCCCGGCCCCGAGGAGCGCCGGCCACGGGGCACAGCCACGCUCAGCAACGGCAGACUGUGCGGUGCGGGGGAGCCCGAGCAGCUGGCACAGAGGCUGGCGCAGGAGGCCGCGCUGGUGGCCCGCGGCUGCACCCACAUCCGCGUGUGCCCUGAGUGUCGGCGCUUCCAGGGCCUGCGCGCCCGGCCCUCGCCCGCCCGCAGCGAGGAGAGCCUGGAGUGGGACAAGACCACCAACAGCAGCGAGCCCGAGUAGCCCGCGGGACGGCAGCGAGACCGAGACGGCGGCGCCAGA